AUGGAAUUGACAUUUCAGGCCCAGCUUCAGCACAGACGGUAUCAUGAUCCAUCUGAGGUUCAGCUUUGCACUUUGCUUAACAUCAAGACGGGUGGGUGCUCUGAAGACUGUAAAUACUGUUCUCAAUCUAGCCGUUAUGACACGGGAACAAAGCCAGAAAAAUUAGUCAAGUUGGAGGAAGUGCAAAAGGCUGCUAUCAAAGCAAAAGAGAACGGAAGUACCCGUUUCUGUAUGGGUGCCGCCUGGAGAGACAUGCAUGGACGUAAGUCUGGGUUGCGAAAAAUUGCAGAGAUGGUGAAGUGGAUCAAUGACGAGUUGCAAAUGGAAACCUGUGUCACCUUGGGCAUGGUGGAUGAGAACCAAGCAAAAGUACUCAAAAAGUCUGGUUUAACGGCGUAUAACCAUAAUAUCGACACAUCAAGAGAACACUAUCCCAAUGUCAUUUCCACAAGAACCUACGAUGAUCGUCUCGAGACCAUAAAACAGGUUCAGAAGGUCGGCAUCAAAGCUUGCACUGGAGGUAUUUUAGGCUUGGGAGAAACGCCGGAUGAUCAUGUCAGCUUCUUGCAUACAUUGGCUACCAUGGAAAGACACCCUGAGUCGCUACCAAUAAACAGACUAGUGCCAAUAAAAGGCACACCAAUGGAGGAAGAAAUUUCUAAACUUCCUCCGGGGUCAAACAGAAAGUUGAAAUUUGAGGCGAUUUUAAGAACCAUUGCCACUGCAAGAGUUAUUAUGCCCGAGUCCAUUAUUCGUUUGGCUGCUGGAAGAUACACAAUGAAGGAACAUGAGCAAUUUCUCUGUUUCUCUGCUGGUUGCAACGCUAUUUUCACCGGGGAAAGAAUGCUCACCACAAUGUGUAGUGGAUGGGACGAGGACAUUGCCAUGUUGAAAAAGUGGGGCAUGAAGCCCAUGAAGAGUUUUCGCAAACACGGUAUCAACAGGGCAGAGGAAUUGAUGAAGAAGACAGUUGAGACGGGUUUCGAAGAGCCCUCUGCAUCUCCUUCAGCGAUAUAG